AUGAUGUCGACUGCACAUGGCGCUAUUAUCCCAGAGCAGGACACCCGACAACUAGUACAGAUCAAUGAAAUCGUGUUGAAACUUGCACUACCCUUUCUUUCCAUUCGUGAUUUGUUGGCAGUCUCCGUGGUCAACCAUCAUUUCUUGCAUCAUGUCAAAAGUCGCAACGAUGUUUGGUCCUGUUUCCAUCAAGAAUUUGACAGCCGCCAUUCAUUCCUAGAAUCAUCGUGUUCCUGCCGUGGAGGUAAAUUGAGUCGAAUCGAUCGCCUCAUGAUGAGAAUUCCACCAAGGAUCCAUGGUGACAAGGUCUCGGUUGACCAAGAUAAGUUUCGGCCGCAUCCGUUGGACAGCGCAGCAAGGGAAUAUGAUGAUGAUGAUGACAGGAGUUCAUUGAUCUAUUGCAUGGAGUUUGGCAAUUGUCCCCAUUGGAAUAUUGAUCGUGAAUCUGGGGAGCUCUUGGAUGGCUUUUUCAGGAUGGAAGGAACCACCAUUCGGGAACUUGUGCCUUUGCCCAGAGAAUUUCCCGUAUACUGCGAAGAUUGCAGGACAUGGCUGCAUUCGACGGAACAACUCAUUGAGCAUUGCAAAUCAGACUCCCAUUUGUUUGCAAAGGAGCCCCGCCUUAUCGAUCCUCGAAGUAAGCAAGGUUUUCAGGAACUGAGUGCUUUUGAAAAGACCAAGGCACUGACCAUUUAUCUAUUGGCAGUAUCUGCGGUAUUCCGGGAAAUUACCAUGAGUCCCGGCAGCCAGGAAGCAAUGGACUGGUUCACAAGCCUUGUUCAUUGUAUAAUGCAAAUGAUCUUAAGACAGACAGUUGGUCUGGAAGAUCAUCAUCCUGAUGCAAUUUCGGAUAGUUGGACCAGAGAUGUGAUUUCAGAACUCUGCAUUGAUUACAUAACAGAUGCAUUCCUGUCCGGUGCCACGUGCGCUCACCUGGUUGUCACCUAUAACGGGUGGAAACCGGCAGCAGGAGAAUGUCUUCUUCACGGCUUGGGCAUUUAUCUCUGCACACAGGCUUCCGACCACCUCCUUGCAGAACUUUUGACUGACGAAUUCGAACCAGCGUACAUUCGCGGUCUUUGCAUCUCGGCUUUGGAAAUGGCCAAUGACAUCCGUUUAGGAUUAGUAGCACAAGAGUGA